AUUCCAGGGUUGGUUUCCCGACCUCGCCAAUUUUGCGGGGCGGAAGGCGCGGGUUCCCAGCUCUUGCCCACAGGCCCUGGCAGCCUCACAGCUUCGGGCAGAUGGAGUUUCCGGCCUCACUCAGUGGUCACCGGGUCAUCCGCCUGCGCUCCUUUCUGCCUGAGGUCUGGGCCCCGGGGAAGAGCGCGCCGGUGGUGCAAGCAUCCGGAGGGCAGUUCCGCGGUGGGCCCACACCCUCCUCGCACGCCGCUCCCUGCGAGCCAGGCUGGGUGCCGUGUGGCCCGGCUGGCCGCCGCAGCUCUGAGGUUGGGCCCUCCCCCGGGGUGAUUUCAGCGUUGAAGGUGGAAAUACGGAAGUUUCCAGCCGCGACUGACAGAUGAGGCUCGCGUCCAGCGCGGCAUGCGCUGCAGCGGCUCUGCGGAGUGCGGGGGCCCCGCUGUGCGCAUCCUGCGACCCUAAAGGCCUACGAGCCGCCGGCGCGCCAUGGCCACGCUGCCGAGCGCAGAGCGCCGCGCCUUCGCGCUCAAGAUCAACAGGUAUUCUUCUGCGGAAAUAAGGAAACAGUUUACCCUCCCACCAAACCUUGGCCAGUACCAUCGACAAAGCAUAAGUACCUCUGGCUUCCCCUCUCUUCAACUACCUCAGUUCUAUGACCCAGUGGAGCCAGUGGACUUCGAAGGGCUUCUGAUGACACACCUGAACAGCCUGGAUGUGGAGCUUGCCCAGGAGCUGGGAGACUUCUCCGAGGACGACUUGCAUGUGGUGUUCACGCCGAAGGAAUGUCGAACUUUGCAGCCCUCUUUGCCGGAGGAAGGGCAGGUCCCCGCCACCUGAACGUGCUGUGUGAUGUCUCUGGGAAAGGUCCCAACACUGCCUGUGACUUCGACCUCCGCAGCCUGCAGCCUGACCCGAGGCUGGAAAACCUUGUACAACAAGUGAGCGCCGAGGACUUCGAGAAGCAGAAUGAGGAGGCCCGGAGGACCAAUCGGCAGGCCGAGCUCUUUGCCCUUUAUCCAUCAGUGGAUGAGGAGGAUGCUGUGGAAAUACGUCCGGUACCAGAAUGUCCCAAGGAACAUCUGGGAAACAGAAUAUUGGUCAAGUUGCUGACCCUGAAGUUUGAGAUAGAAAUUGAGCCCCUGUUCGCCAGCAUUGCCCUCUAUGAUGUUAAAGAAAGGAAAAAGAUCUCAGAAAAUUUUCACUGUGACCUGAACUCUGACCAGUUUAAAGGAUUUCUGCGUGCUCACACGCCCUCUGUUGCCUCAUCCAGUCAGGCAAGAUCUGCGGUGUUCUCGGUCACCUACCCAUCCUCGGACAUCUACCUAGUAGCCAAGAUUGAAAAAGUCCUUCAGCAGGGAGAGAUUGGAGACUGUGCAGAACCCUACAUGGUUAUCAAAGAAAGUGAUGGUGGAAAGAGUAAAGACAAGAUUGAAAAACUAAAACUUCAAGCUGAAUCCUUCUGCCAACGUUUGGGGAAAUACCGGAUGCCCUUUGCUUGGGCUCCCAUAAGCUUAGCAAGUUUCUUCAAUGUCUCUACCCUGGACAGGGAGGUAACCGAUGUGGAGUCCAUGGUUGGGAAAGGCUCUGCGGGUGAGCGGAGAACUUUGUCCCAAUCUCGAAGACUUUCUGAAAGAGCUUUCUCCUUGGAGGAAAAUGGGGUUGGAUCCAACUUCAAGACUUUAACCAUUAACAGCUUUUUCAAGCAGGAGGGAGAUCGCCUCAGUGAUGAAGACUUAUUCAAGUUUUUAGCUGACUACAAAAGAUCUUCAUCCCUACAGAGAAGAGUCAAGUCAAUUCCAGGCUUGCUCAAACUGGAGAUAUCUCUGGCUCCAGAGACCAUCAAUUGCUGUCUGACUCCUGAAAUGCUGCCAGUGAGGCCCUUUCCUGAAAACCGGGGACGCCCACACAAAGAGAUACUGGAAUUUCCAAUCCGAGAAGUAUAUGUCCCUCAUACUGUGUACAGAAACCUUCUCUAUGUCUACCCACAGAGGCUGAACUUUGCAAACAAAGUAGCGUCUGCCCGGAACAUCACAAUCAAAAUCCAGUUUAUGUGUGGAGAGGAUGCAAGCAGUGCUAUGCCAGUCAUCUUUGGAAAAUCCAAUGGCCCUGAAUUUCUGCAGGAAGUGUACACAGCCGUUACAUACCAUAACAAGUCUCCUGACUUCUAUGAAGAAGUGAAAAUUAAGCUCCCUGCUAAGCUUACAGUAAAUCACCACCUCCUGUUCACCUUCUAUCAUAUCAGCUGUCAGCAGAAGCAAGGAAACUCAGUAGAAAGUCUCCUGGGAUAUUCAUGGCUGCCAAUUCUCUUAAAUGAACGUCUUCAAACUGGAUCCUACUGUCUCCCAGUUGCCUUGGAAAAGCUGCCACCCAACUACUCUAUGCAUUCUGCAGAGAAAGUCCCUUCACAGAAUCCUCCCAUUAAAUGGGCUGAAGGACAUAAGGGAGUAUUCAAUAUUGAAGUGCAAGCUGUUUCUUCUGUUCACACCCAGGACAACCAUCUGGAGAAGUUCUUCACCCUCUGCCACUCCCUGGAGAGCCAGGUGACCUUCCCCAUCCGUGUGCUGGACCAGAAGAUCAGUGAAUCGGCACUGGAACAUGAGCUGAAGCUCAGCAUCAUCUGCCUAAACUCCUCCCGCCUAGAGCCCCUUGUGCUCUUCCUGCAUCUGGUGCUGGACAAGCUCUUCCAGCUGUUUGUGCAGCCCAUGGUCAUCGCUGGUCAGCCAGCCAACUUCUCUCAGUUUGCCUUCGAGUCCGUGGUGGUCACCGCCAACAGUCUGCACAACAGCAAGGGCCUGGGCAAGGACCAGCACGGGAGAAACUGCCUGCUUGCCUCUUACGUGCACUACGUCUUCCGCCUGCCAGAGCCGCAGAGAGACAUGCCCAAGUCAGGUGGCCCCACUGUCCUCCCGGACCCUCGCUACCACACGUAUGGACGCACAUCUGCUGCAGCUGUGAGUUCGAAGCUGCUGCAGGCCCGGGUGAUGAGCAGCAGUAACCCAGACCUCGCGGGGCCACACUGUGCAGCAGAUGAGGAAGUUAAGAGCAUCAUGUCUUCAAAGAUUGCUGAUCGCAGCUGCAACCGGAUGUCUUACUAUUGCUCCAGCAAUAGUGAUGCUCCAAGUUCAACAACAGCCCCCAGGCCAGUCAGCAAAAAGCAUUUCCAUGAGGAGCUUGCCCUACAGAUGGUGGUCAGCACUGGAAUGGUGAAAGAAACAGUCUUCAAGUACUCCUGGUUCUUCUUUGAGCUUCUGGUGAAAAGCAUGGCCCAGUAUGUACAUAACAUGGACAAGCGGGACAAUUUUCGGAGGACUCGUUUUUCUGACCGUUUCAAAGAUGACAUAACUACUAUUGUUAAUGUGGUCACCUCGGAGAUUGCAGCCCUUUUAGUAAAACCUCAGAAGGAAACUGAACAGGCCGAAAAGAUCAACAUUAGCCUGGCUUUCUUCUUGUAUGACCUCCUCUCACUCAUGGAUCGUGGCUUUGUGUUUAACCUCAUCAAACAUUAUUGCAACCAGCUGUCAGCCAAGCUCAACAACCUUCCAACGCUCAUUUCCAUGAGGCUGGAGUUCCUGAGAAUUCUCUGCAGCCAUGAGCAUUACCUCAAUCUGAACCUCUUCUUUAUGAAUGCAGAUACCGCUCCAGCAUCUCCCUGUCCCUCCAUAUCUUCCCAGAACUCCAGCUCCUGCUCCAGUUUCCAGGACCAGAAGAUCGCUAGCCUGUUCGACCUGACACCGGAGUACCGCCAGCAGCACUUCCUCACCGGGCUUCUCUUCACCGAGCUGGCCGCUGCCCUGGAUGCUGAAGGGGAAGGGAUCAGCAAAGUACAAAAGAAAGCUGUCAGUGCCAUCCACAGCCUGCUGAGUUCUCACGACCUGGACCCGCGUUGUGUUAAACCAGAGGUGAAGGUCAAAGUUGCUGCCCUCUACCUGCCUUUGGUUGGUAUCAUUUUGGAUGCUUUGCCACAGCUCUAUGACUUUACAGCUGCAGAAGCUCGAGGUGGAAAAAAUCGUGCCAAUGGCUCAGAUGAAGAACAAGAAGGGACCAGUGCAAUUAAUCAGAAUGUGGCAUUGGCUAUAGCUGGAAAUUUUAAUUUGAAGACAAGUGGAACAAUGUUGUCUUCCCUGCCCUACAAGCAGUACAACAUGCUGAAUGCUGACACGACCCGAAACCUCAUGAUCUGCUUCCUGUGGAUCAUGAAAAAUGCUGACCAGACCCUCCUUAGGAAGUGGAUCGCCGACCUGCCAUCCAUGCAGCUAAACAGGAUUUUAGAUCUCCUUUUCAUCUGUGUCUCAUGUUUUGAAUACAAGGGAAAACAGAGUUCUGACAAAGUCAGUACCCAAGUUCUGCAGAAGUCAAGGGAUGUCAAGGCCAGGCUGGAAGAGGCUUUGCUCCGUGGGGAAGGGGCCCGAGGGGAGAUGAUGCGGCGCUGCCGGACUCCAGGGAAUGACCGAUUUCCAGGCCUAAAUGAAAAUUUGAGAUGGAGGAAAGAGCAGACACAUUGGCGGCAAGCUAAUGAGAAGCUAGAUAAAACAAAGGCAGAGUUAGAUCAAGAAGCCUUGAUCAGUGGCAAUCUGGCUACAGAAGCAAAUUUAAUCAUCCUUGAUAUGCAGGAAAACAUUAUCCAGGCGAGCUCGGCUCUGGACUGUAAAGACAGCCUUCUGGGAGGCGUGCUAAGGGUCCUUGUGAAUUCUCUGAGCUGUGAUCAGAGCACCACAUACCUAACUCACUGCUUUGCAACACUCCGUGCUCUCAUUGCCAAGUUUGGCGACCUGCUGUUUGAGGAGGAAGUGGAGCAGUGUGCAGACCUGUGUCAGCGAGUGCUGCAUCACUGCAGCAGCAGCGUGGACAUCACCCGCAGCCAAGCCUGCGCCACUCUCUACCUCCUCAUGAGGUUCAGCUUUGGAGCCACCAGCAACUUUGCAAGAGUAAAGAUGCAAGUAACCAUGUCUCUGGCAUCUUUGGUGGGAAAAGCACAAGACUUUAAUGAGGAAUACCUGAGAAGAUCCUUGAGGACAAUUUUGGCCUACGCAGAAGAGGACACAGCCAUGCAGACCACUCCUUUUCCCAUGCAGGUGGAAGAACUUCUCUGCAAUCUGAAUAGCAUCUUAUAUGACACAGUGAAAAUGAGGGAAUUUCAGGAAGAUCCUGAGAUGCUUAUGGAUCUCAUGUACAGAAUUGCCAAGAGUUACCAGGCCUCUCCUGAUCUGCGGCUGACCUGGCUCCAGAACAUGGCAGAGAAACACACCAAGAGGAAGUGCUACACGGAGGCCGCCAUGUGCCUGGUCCAUGCGGCUGCUUUGGUGGCCGAAUAUCUGAGCAUGCUGGAGGACCACAGCUACCUGCCCGUGGGCAGCGUCAGCUUUCAGAAUAUUUCUUCCAACGUACUGGAGGAGUCUGCCGUCUCUGAUGACACCCUGUCGCCUGAUGAGGAUGGGGUGUGCUCCGGCCGGUACUUCACGGAGAGUGGCCUGGUGGGCCUACUGGAGCAGGCGGCCGAGCUCUUCAGCACGGGAGGACUGUACGAGACGGUUAAUGAAGUCUACAAGCUGGUCAUCCCCAUCCUGGAAGCUCAUCGAGACUUCCGGAAGCUGACCUCCACCCAUGAAAAGCUGCAGAAGGCCUUUGACAGCAUCAUUAGCAAGGGUCAUAAGAGGAUGUUUGGAACCUACUUCCGAGUUGGUUUCUAUGGGUCCAAAUUUGGGGAUUUGGAUGAGAAGGAAUUCGUUUACAAAGAGCCUGCAAUUACCAAGCUUCCUGAGAUCUCUCACAGACUAGAGGCAUUUUAUAGUCAAUGUUUUGGUGCAGAAUUUGUGGAAGUGAUAAAAGACUCUGCUCCUGUGGACAAAACCAAGUUGGACCCUAACAAGGCCUACAUACAGAUCACUUUUGUGGAGCCCUACUUUGAUGAGUAUGAGAUGAAAGACAGGCUAACCUACUUUGAGAAGAACUUCAACCUGCGGAGGUUCAUGUACACCACCCCCUUCACCCUGGAGGGCCGGCCUCGGGGCGAGCUGCAUGAGCAGUACCGGCGGAACACCAUCCUGACCACCCUGCACGCCUUCCCCUACAUCAAGACCAGGAUCAGCGUCGCCCAGAAGGAGGAGUUUGUUUUGACACCAAUUGAAGUUGCCAUUGAAGAUAUGAAGAAGAAGACUCUGCAAUUAGCAGUUGCCAUUAACCAGGAGCCUCCUGAUGCCAAGAUGCUUCAGAUGGUGCUGCAAGGCUCUGUUGGAGCUACUGUCAAUCAGGGACCACUGGAAGUAGCCCAAGUAUUUUUGGCUGAAAUUCCAGCUGACCCAAAACUUUAUCGGCAUCACAACAAGUUGAGAUUAUGCUUUAAGGAAUUCAUAAUGCGAUGCGGGGAAGCUGUAGAGAAAAACAAACGUCUCAUCACGGCAGAUCAGAGGGAGUAUCAGCAGGAACUCAAGAAGAACUACAACAAGCUGAAAGAGAACCUCCGACCAAUGAUCGAGCGGAAAAUUCCGGAACUCUACAAGCCAAUAUUCAGAGUUGACAGUCAAAAGAGAGACUCCUUCCACAGAUCUAGUUUCAGGAAAUGUGAAACCCAGUUGUCACAGGGCAGCUAAGAAAAACUAUCCUCACCCAGGAAGACUGGAGGCUCUGUGACCCUGGAGAAGGACCCGCUGGUGCCUAAAACAGGAUAUUUGCCACACAGGACACACCACACACUCCCUGAGCGGAUGUCCUCUGAAAGCUUUGGGACCCAAGUGACCGUGGGAGUUAUACACAAAUGGGGUGCGACCAGACUUCAGACAUUUGGCAGAUGGAGAUGCUGGAGGCUGGUUCAUCAGGGAUGCCUGUGUUAUUUGUUGAGGCGUGCUUUUUCACGUAAUUGUACAAAACAAGGCAUAAAUAACAUCUCCUGCUGAGUGGUCAGGCACUGCCUAGCCAAGGGAUGACUUCCUCCCAUCUGUUUUUUAAUUUAACCUAUAUUUAGAUAAAUCCAAAUUGCCCAAGGGAAAAUGAAAAAGUUGUCCACCGACCUAUUCAGAGUGAACUUGUCCCAUCCCCUUUUUAUGGGAAAAAGCUGAACUUGUUGGAGUACAAACAUUCCAAUAAAUCUGUGAGGGGAGGGCUUACUAGAAAUCUUAAGAUCAUGAAGGCUGGAAAUCCGGGGAUCAAUCAUUUGUGGACUUGCUUCCCUUUUGGUAAUGGUGGACUCAUUGUUGUACAGUUAUUUUUGCUUUUUUGUUCUGUUACGUUGUUAAUUUAACACACGUUAGAGAGGUGCGCACUCCAGCACUGAUGUAGGAGAUACAUGGUACUCUGAGUGACCCGCUCAAAGUUGCAGAUGCUGCAUUUACUAAAAUCGAAACAAUUCUCCUCUAAAGCUUGGCUUUUUUUUUUCUUACACUCACUCUUGUAUCACUUUUUAUUCUCUUCUCUGGGACCAAGUUUAUUUUUAUAAAAGAAUAAUACUUCUGCUUUCAUUUCUGAACAUUGAGCUGUCUGUCAGCAUGUGUACAUCAGCUAGAGAAUAUAUUCAGCUUUGGAUUCUUUGGACAAAGAUGAACAAAGUUAUUAUUUGAUAAUUAAAUUAUAUAUUUUUUAAUAUGACUGAUUACCUUGACUGGUACUGAAAACAUAAUAAGAAUUGCAAGCAAAAUGUUUCCUUUUGCAACUUGUCUUUUUUGAUUUUGACAACUCACAACUCUUUAGUAAAGCAUUUCAGAGAAGAAGAAAGAUGCCUAAUUAUGGCCUUGGUCAAACUGCUAUCCAGGGUCACACCUCAUAUAUAAUAUUUAGUCUUGGUGGUCAUGAGAGAGAAUUUCGUUUGGAUAUCACAGAACUUUUUCAUUUAUAUCAUCAGGUAUGCAUGAAUUUAUAUUCUGAAAGAGGACAUUUUUCUUUUAAUUACUGAAACUUACUAGUUUACAUGGCAGACCUUUUGUUCUUUAGACAUUUGGGGAAGAACUCUUCCUAAAGUAUAUGAUGUAUUUAAUUGUUUUCUUAAAUGAGUACAUAUGACAUGCUUUA